GGGCCGCUCCUGCCCCGCCAUGUCCUCCCUGUGCGACCUCCCAGGCGCCGCCAGCCCGCCUCGGCCGCCGCUCAGCUCCCAGGAGCUGGCGCAGGAGAUCAAGGCGUUCCUGAGCGGCGUGGACCCCGUGCAUGGCACCAAGUUGACACUGAAGGAGCAUGCUCGCUGCGCCAUUCUGCUGCUGCGGAGCCUGCCGCCUGCCCGGCACGCUGUGCUGGAGCACCUCCGUGCUGUCUUCGAUGAGCACGUCUGCACUCAUCUCCUGGAGUGGGAGAGCAGCGAGGUGGGGCUGGGGGCAGUCGCUGGGCGAGCCCCAGGGCCCAGCCUGGACGACGUGGUGCAGGAAGUGCAGCACGUGCUCUCGGACUUUGUGCGGGCUAACCCCAAGGCCUGGGCGCCCGUUGUCUCUGCCUGGUCCAUUGACCUCAUGGGGCAGCUGAGCAGCAAGUACGCUGGGCGCCACGGUGUGCCCCAUGCCUCCAGCCUCAAUGAGCUGCUGCAGCUAUGGAUGUCUUGCAAGGCCACACGCACACUCAUGGACAUCUACACCCAGUGCCUCUCCUCCAUGAUCAGCACCUGCCCCGAUGCCUGUGUGGAUGCCUUGCUGGACACUUCAGUGCAGCACUCCCCCCACUUUGACUGGGUGGUGGCCCACAUCGGCUCCUCUUUCCCCAACACCAUCAUCAGCCGUGUCCUCUCCUGUGGCCUUAAAGACUUCUGCGUGCAUGGGGCAGCCCCUGUGGAUCUGCUCUUCCCCACUGCUGCCGACAAGCGGGUGCCCAAGAUCGCCUCUGUCGUGGGUAUUCUGGGCCACCUGGCCUCGCGCCACUCGAGCAGCAUCAAGCAGGAGCUGCUGCGCAUGUUCCACGAGAGCCUGGGCCCCGUGCGGGAUCAGCACCAGAAGGCCACGGUGCCAUUUCUGCUCCAGCUGGCAGUAAUGUCACCCAUGCUGCUGGGCACCAUCUCCUCCGAGCUUGUGGACUCUCUCAAGCCCAGUGUCCUCAACCAGCUGCACCAGCACUUCACCUCUCUGCCUCGUGAAGACCUGGAGAACAUGGUGAGCAUUGUGGUGCACCUCAUCUGCCAGACUUCAGCUGGGGCCUACCGCAUCCUCCAGUUCCUAGUGAACACAGCCAUGCCAGCCUCCGUCAUCACCACACCAGGGCUGGCUGUGCAUGACAGCGUUCGUGAGGCCUGCGACCGCAUCAUCCAGCUGCUGCUGCUCAACCUGCAGAAGCUGGUGUACAACCGGGGUGCGCCCAGCUUGGGAGAUGCCCCGCCACGCCCUGUGCCUUUCCUGGACGAGCUCAAAGGCCAUGUGCGGGAGCUGUGCGUGGAGACACUACGGCUAGAGCGAAAGCGCUUCCUGUGGCAGCACCAGCUGCUGGGCCUCCUGGCCGUCUACUGUGCACCCAACUGCGCCACCGAUGCCCUCUUCUAUCUCCUGACGCUGGCCCGCAGCCAGGAAGAGCUGGGUUUGGCCACACAGCUCUAUGCUGUCCUCAGCUCCUGCAUGACCGACCUGCUCCCGGCCACAGUGAAGAAGUGCGUGUGCCAGAUCCAUGCUGGCGGCUUGCCAGAGCAGCACGUGGUCCAGCUCUUCCACAACCUGGCCCUCAUCGUGCAGUGGGAGGGCGAGGGCCCAGCCUCCAUGAGCACGCAAUUGGGGGCUGUCCUCUCCCACCACCUCCAUGACCUGGGGCAGUUGCUGCUGCACUGCAGCCCUGAGGUGGCAGAGGCUGCCUCCCUGCUGCUCUCCGUCUGUCCCAUGCCCCGUGCCGUCCGCCCCGCUCACCUCCUCGUCAUUGUCCGCUCUGCUGUGCACCAGUUCUUUCUUGUGCUGCGCCGGCAGAGCCCUACCAGCCUCAGCUACAGCAGUCGGCUGCUGGCACGCCUCAGCGGCACCUCGCCCGCUGCCACAAAGGCCGUGCUGCAGCAGCUGGUGGAGGGAGCCCUGCACCGUGGCAAUGCUGAGCUCUUUGGGGGCCUGGGUGAGGACCCCAGCGGGGAUGAGGCUGGGCUAGAGGGGGCCCGGGUCUCCCUGCUGGACACCAACCGCCGCUUCACGGCUGCUGUCAACUUUUCAGGCAGCGUGUGGUCGGUGUUCCACGCCGGGGUGAUUGGGCGAGGGCUCAAGCCACCGGUGGCAGUGGGUGGGCGGGCACCAGAGGAGCUGGUGCACAACACUCAGAGCUUCCUCAGCCUGCUACUGCGGUGCUGCCGGGGUGGGCGCUACAGCCCUGCUGAGGCCCCUGUCCCACCAGCAGCAGGCAUCAGCCCUGAGGCAGCCAAGGCAGUGGCAGUGGUACUGGUGGAGAGCGUGUGCCCGGAUGUGACGGGCAGCGAGCUGUGCUGGCCGCCCGAGGAACAUACCCGCAGCACCGUUGAGCGCGACCUGCAGAUCUGCCGCCGCUUCCGCGACAACCCCCUGCUUUUCCCACUGCUGCGGCUGGUGGCAGCUGGGCGGCCGGCACUCUGCUACUGCUCUGUGCUGCUCCGUGGUCUCUUGGCCACCCUCAUGGCUCAUUGGGAGGCCUCCCGUGAGAGUGACACCACCAGCUCCCCCUGGCACCUCCAGGCCUCCUGCGCCCUGGUGGCCUGCAUGGCAGAGGGCUCCCUGCUACCACCUGUGUUGGGCAACAUGCAUGAGAUCUUCCACCAGCUGGCCCCCUUCGAGGUCCACCUGCUGCUUCUCAGCGUCUGGGACUACAUGCGCGACAACAGCCCUCUGCCACAGAAGUUCACCUUCCAGGCUGACUGUGGGCUCUUCUUCCGGGACUUCUCCCGGGACAGCGAUGUGGGGAAGUACCUGGCGGUGCUACACAGCGUUCUGCACAAGAACAUCAACCGCCUUGGCCUGCUGGCUGGCCGCUUCCGCACCUAGCCCCUGCCUCAUGGUUGCCUGUGCUCUAAUCCUCCCGUCGCUUGGCUUUUUCUUCAGCCUUUUCCAGACUGAACAUUGGAGCACAGGUGGACCUGGUGCUCUUCCCCUGGCUUCUGGGCUGCUAUGGGGCAGCAUCACCCAGGACUUCAGUCUCCUCAUGGGGGCUUUGAGAACUGUGGGCUUUUCCGUGCGUCCGUGGCUGGAGCAGUCAUCAGCAAGGGCUGUGGACAAGGUGCCUCUUGGAGGCUGGAAAGCCCUGUGCCAUCAGGGUGAGGAUGCUCUCUGGCACCUCUCUGCUCUCUGCACUGGCCCUGGCACGGCUGAGGCGGAAGUGAGGUGGUCCUGCCCCAGGAUCACCUCACUUAGGGGGUCCCAUGGAUGCGGCCACCAAGGGGGUCUGGCUCCCCCAACCCUUUUCUAAAUAAAGAGCAGAAGGGAGUGGCGAGCUGUGGCAUCUGUGGGCCCCUGGCCGCCCUCACUCACCCCAUGGAGAAGCAGAGCCAGAGCAGAGCUGCCCCGGACCCUGCUGUGGUGGGAGGUGGUAG